UCUUAGCGCAAGAGACUUAAGCCGGCACCUCUCAAGGUACCUCAAGGUACUGCUCAAGGUCUCUGAAAAUAUUGUACCAUUGAAAAAAAAAGGUUACAGCAGGCACACGACUUCUGCGCUCGCCUUGAGCCACGGACGGACAAUCGGGAGUUAAAGAGGCGAAGGAUAGGAACCCGCGGACCAGGCACUCAGACCAGCGGAACAGAAUGAGAAUCGAGAGGAUAACGCAAGGCAACGAUCAUCGGUAACAGGCUCAUUGCCAAGGUACCUCAAGGUACAGCCAAGGUAUUACGAGAUAGCCUGGACAGGCGUGUCCGGUGCAAUUAUCGAAACGCAUAGCUGAACGAAAAGGAAAGGAAUCGGAAAAAGGGAAGGCAAUGACGAAGGAGAAGGAACGUUACGUGUGGCGUAGCAUGUGAUCGGUCCGAGCAGUGAGAGUGAACGAGGAGGGAGAGAGAUAUAGACCAGGUAACGGCAGGUAGAGGUCUCUAGGUACGUGGACCAGGUUACCAGGGCUCGGAGAGACAGCCAGGAGGCAGACGAGGAAGGAAGGAAGGUGAACGAAACGGAGGUUGAAUCGGGCGCUCCAUACGCACCCCACCAUCUUCUUGUUCCUUGCGUCUGGCUUCGCGCUCUGGCGAAGGACCAAGCGCCGGAUGAACCCCACCUAAUCUCCCUUCACCUUCGUCACGAGAAACCCGAGGAAUUUCGUCCUCACUACGCGAUCCGUACCUCAUUACCCGGUACGCCCGGUACAUACCUUAGGCAUGACCACCUACCACCUUCAACCACCACCUACCCACGACGUCCUUACCACCUCGCCGAGCGCCUUCCUUCCUACCUGCCACCAGGUAGACGGCACCCCACCUCACGACGUCGGCUUCAGGCUUGCAUCUCAAAAGGAGGUGAAUGCGCGCGGGACUGUACCAUUGGGCAAGGAAUUGGGGCAGGAGCCAAUAGUGAGCCGCGAGGUGGAGCGAUAGGUUUUAAAUAGGUGUGCAGGGACUCGGAGUUCGAGUAAACGAUAUUAGUAGAAAUUAGGAUAGUGCUCCAGUUGUGGUGGUAGUUCUCCACGGGGAUUGCGGUGUAACACUAACCAAGUGACAGUCCUGAUAGAGUGGCCGGCAAAGUCGUCAGUUGCCGCUGAGCCAGUGCCUCAGCCACCAGUCCGUAAGGAGCUGCCCCAGCCAUGAGGUCCUACGGAACUCACCUGACACUCGUACUACUGGCCCUCUUCGUCCUUUAUACCGAGGACGGAACGGCAGUUCGCGUAUCAACCACCACCGCCAAGAGGAAGAAAGAAGUCUCCUCAGCAACCGGGGACCAAUCGGCGGCUUCGUCCUUCUGGAGUCCUGCCAUCAAAACUGGAAAUGUAUUCGAUCAGGAUGAUACGUCACGUUUCUUCUCCUCUUCUCAUGGACUGGUCCAAACGCAUCCGUCUGGAUUUCAAAGUGGAUUUGGGGGUAUUGAUAACCUGGGAAGUCGUGGAGUGACUGUCAGGCCACCCAGGACAAGGCCCUUGGAUUAUUCCGAAAGGGCCACCGCUGAAUUACGUAGGAACCCUUCGUUGUCCGCCCCUGAUGAAUGUGCACGUGCUUGUCGUGACGGUGAACCACCCAAGAUCUGUUAUUAUCACUUCACUCUUGAAUACUACACUGUACUUGGAGCUGCCUGUCAGGUAUGCACACCCAAUGCUACCAACACUGUCUGGAGCCAUUGUCAAUGUGUCCUGGCUGAUGGUGUUGAAAGAGGUAUACUCACAGCUAACAGAAUGAUACCAGGACCCAGCAUCCAAGUCUGUGAAGGCGAUAAGGUCGUUAUCGAUGUGGAGAAUCAUAUGGAAGGCAUGGAAGUGACACUUCAUUGGCAUGGACUCUGGCAGAGGGGUUCUCAGUAUUAUGAUGGUGUACCGUUUGUAACCCAGUGCCCAAUUCAGGAAGGCACUACCUUCAGAUACCAAUGGACAGCCGGAAACGCAGGUACUCACUUCUGGCAUGCUCACACUGGACUUCAAAAAAUGGAUGGUCUUUACGGCAGCAUAGUGGUACGGCAGCCACCGGCAAAGGAUCCCAACAGUAAUCUCUACGAUUACGAUCUGACUACACAUGUCAUCCUUAUCAGUGAUUGGAUGCACGAGGACACUGCCGAGAGAUAUCCAGGUCGUCUAGCUGUUAAUACUGGUCAGGAUCCGGAAACUGUCCUGAUUAACGGAAAGGGUCAAUUCAGAGAUCCCAAUACUGGAUUCAUGACGAAUACACCUUUGGAAGUCUUCACCAUCACACCAGGACGUCGUUACCGUUUCCGUAUGAUCAACUCCUUUGGAUCUGUCUGUCCAGCUCAGAUCACGUUCCAAGAUCAUACGUUGACUCUUAUCGCUGCUGAUGGCGAACCGGUUCAUCCUGUUAAUGUGAAUACCAUUAUCUCCUUCUCUGGUGAACGUUACGAUUUCGUAAUUAAUGCUGAUCAACCUAUUGGAGCAUACUGGAUCCAGCUGCGUGGACUUGGCGAAUGUGGUAUCAAGCGUGCUCAACAAUUGGGUAUUUUGAGGUAUGCACGUGGUCCUUAUCAACCUGAUUCUAUUUCACCGACGUAUGACCUUGGUCUUCCACAGGGUGUGGUUCUCAAUCCACUGGACGCCAUUUGCAACAGACCGCGCGAGGACGCUGUGUGCAUCAAUCAGCUGAAGAAUGCACGUCACAUCGAUGAAGGUAUUCUUCAGGAACGUCCUGACGUCAAGAUCUUCUUGCCAUUCCGUUUCCUAUUCUACAGACCGGAAGAAGUCUUCCAACCCAAUACCUACAAUCGUUACUUGGUUGCACCCACCGGGGAUCAUGUGAUAUCUCUUGUUGACGAAAUAUCCUUCACUUUCCCACCGUCGCCGCCACUUUCCCAAAUUGACGACAUCCCGCCCGAGCAAUUCUGCAAUGGCGACAAUAGACCAGCUGACUGCGGAGCAAAUUGCAUGUGCACACAUAAGGUUGACAUUCCGUUGAACGCCAUUGUCGAAGUCGUACUGGUUGACGAAGUGCAACAGCCAAAUCUCUCGCAUCCCUUCCAUCUUCAUGGUUAUGCGUUUAACGUUAUCGGUAUGGGCCGAUCGCCUGAUAGGAACGUUAAGAAAAUUAAUUUGAAACACGCCCUGGAUCUUGACAGAAGAGGUUUGCUCCAUCGAGAAUUUAAUCUGCCACCGUCCAAGGACACCAUUGCUGUGCCAAAUAAUGGAUACGUUGUCUUUCGGUUCCGUGCAAAUAAUCCUGGAUACUGGCUCUUCCAUUGUCAUUUCCUCUUCCAUAUAGUUAUCGGUAUGAACCUGGUCCUUCACGUUGGCACGCAUGCGGAUCUUCCGCCGGUCCCACCAAACUUCCCAAUGUGCGGCGAUCAUCUAGCUCCGAUUACGCCACCCUUGCCAAUCGAUGACAACUCUUUUCACUGACCAUAAGCCGACAUGAAUUGAGCUCAGAAGCUGAGACACACGGGUCCAAAGCAUAUUAAUACUUGUAGUAUACUCGUGUAUAGUAGCCUACCCAAGUAUCACGUAUUUCUUUUUUUACAUUGAAAAUGUCGCGAAUCUCGGGGACGAAUUUUUUUUUUUUUUAACUAGACGAACCGAGUGACGCGAAUUAACGAGGAUACGAUUGACGAGUUGUUCUGUUUUCUCUAUGACUUUUUUAAUCCGUUCCUUUUAUUUUCUUCUCUUUCCUUUCUCUUUCUUACUCUCUCACUUCUCUCGUUUUCCUUUCCUUAUCUUUUACCUUCUUCUCCUCGACGAACUGAUAUGCAAUUCGUUAUUCUCCUUUGCGACAACACUUUGACUCGUCCAUGAAGAAUCACGACCCCGAGACGAUAAACGGCUCCGCGUUAACGAUCCGUCGAUAUUUAUUUAACUUGAGAUGUUUUGCGUGUUUUAUUUCUUUCUAUAUCUUACGAUACUCGAUUGUUCGUAUUUAUGGUGAGAUUAUUCCAGAGUACAUUGAUUACUCGUAUUCAGUAAUAUUGUAGCUAGUCGUAUAAUCACAUUGGAAGUAUAUUAAAAAAAGACAGUCUUUAUAUUUAAUGAUUCCACAGAAUCGUUAAUACCAGUCGCAGUUUAUUUGUGUAUUAUAUUUGAAAUAAUUAAAACCAAAUAAGACACAUAAAAUAUCUCGAAGGGACACGUGCGAAUGUUACUAACAUAAUUUUGUAAAUAAUGUAGGUAUAGCUAUUACGCGUAAUGUAUUAAAUAACGAGGUAGUAGCGGGAAGUAGUCAGAGAAACCGCGAAGUAUAAUUUGACAAUCGAAAAUUUUAUCAAAGACUCGCGAUCAAAGAUCAGUUCACUGUAUCAGACAAGUGAUAAAUCAUUUUUUCGCACAUUGCGCGACAAUCAGUCUAAUUUUUAUCGAUCCUCAUGCUGAUUCCGUCAAUCUCUCGUGUCAACAUUGUGAAUUGGGUUUAAAAACAGGCAAAAAUCAAGGUCGACGGAAAAGAAAUUUUUUCCACAAGGUUCUAUCCAUAUCGGAUAAUUAUACUUGACGAAUCAUUGUUUGCCGUAUCGCGCAUUAGCAAUUAUGGAUCAUAAUUAAAUGAUCCGCAUAGGCUUAUAUUGAAUCAUGGUGCCUCCAUUCUUACUCUUUAUAGAAACAAAAAAAAACUUAUUGAUUACCAAUAAAUGCAAUUCACAACGCAGAGAAACGCUUUUUUCGACGCUCCAGAUUCCACGGGGAUGUGUGUGUAUGUACAUAUAAGUACAAAAUGUGAGGAAAUCUAUGAAAAAUUAUAAGAAUAAAAGUCAAAAUUAUUAAUGAAAAAUAUGAACGCAAUACGUACGAGUAGAAUUAUAUACGUACCGCGUUUCAUUUAUUUUCAAACAGAAUGUAGGAUUUGUUCACAACGAUCAUAUGUAUAGUAAAUUAUCCCGUGGGGUGAAGCAUCCUGUGACGCGAUAAGUUCGGUAAUGAUAACUUUAACGACACUCGAUGAGAAUUCUCGUGCUCUGAUAAUCGCACAGGUAAUUGCGUCGAAUAAAUGAUAAUAUUGAUUAGAUCAAUAUUUAUUAUGCACGAUUGUGAUGCGACGUUUUUUUAAAACGAACGGUCGUUCGAGCAGUGAGAUGCCGUCCAUGUCAGCUGCUCCCGACCGCUCGUCCCAUACAUUAUUCAUUAUUCUCAAAAAGAAAGUGUAUUUUUUAGUAAUAAAGUUGUUUAAAAAAA